AUGACUGCCUUACCGCCGACCCGAUCAAGCCUCCCUGUCCCUAAAGCGGUGAGACCCCCGUCGAUCGACGAAGCCCUGUCGUACUGGAUUGGACUCUCGCGCCUCAUCCACCGCGUCUGCGUGACGUCCAACUCCACACCGACAGCCGUCGAGUGCGCACCAGCCGAUCGGCUUCAAACAUGCAUCGGUAACGUGGAGAGCGGGUCCUCCACUUUUACUCGCUACACUCUCCACCGUGUGCUGCUCUGCUGUGGCAUUAAGCAGCAUCUUGUGCGACAGACCACCGACCACAUGCUUGCACAGCUUCUCUCAGCAGCCUACACCACCACCGCAUCUGCAUCCGCCCUCAGAGUGCCAGUCGUCUUGUUGGACAGCGAAUCACUUGCACCGACACCCUUCCUUUCAUCAGUGCGUCAGCUCCCCGUACCGUUGCCUGUUCUCGUGGCGGACUGGCUGACGCGGUCGUCUGCUAAUGAUCAGGACGCAUCCCAGCAUAGCCGCUACCUUCUGCAGGUCCCUGCCGUCACGUGGAGCAAGAGCGUCAUCAAGUGCUUGGGGAGUGAGCUGCGAGGACAGAUGAUUUCGCUUAGGCCGCUUUUCCGGUGGAAUAUGGCGUGCGCGCAGCAGUCCGGACGCAUCCCUGUAGUCAUCUUUGUCGGCGGAACCAGCGGCGCAGGGAAGAGCACACUGGCCAACCUGCUGGCGAGUCAGUUACACGUCCCAAACGUGCUGUCCACCGACACAGUGCGACAGGUGCUACGGACGCGGCUGCGCGGGCAAGAGGCGCAGUACCCGUUCCUCUUUGUGUCCACGUAUGAGGCACACAAGUUGACCGCAAAUGGCGGCGAAGUCUCCGCGGAUGACGGUGCCGCGGUGCGACAUGAGCAGCGCGCCGACGAGAACGUCAUCGUUCACGGGUACGAGGCACAGUGCGAGCUUGUCCUCCGCGUCCUCGACGGGGUGCUCGCGCGUCUUCUUGCUCGCCGCGAAUCGAUUGUGGUGGAAGGGGUGCAUCUGCUCCCGAGAUACCUGGCGGCGAAGCGCGCCGAGCUUCUUGUGUCGCGCGUAGCCUGCGUUCCUGUUCUCGUUCGCAUCCCCAAAGCGGAGAGCCACCUGGAGCGGCUCUGCGUCCGCGCACGUGGCAUGUCUAUGCGGGCACAAAAUAACAAGUACGUCACCUCCUUUAAAGCCAUCCGUACCAUCCAGGGCCACCUGGUCGACAGCGUGGAGGCGACGUCGCUGCCAGUUCUGCUGCUGUCAAACACGAACAUGGACAAGUCCUUCACUGUGGUCCACCAUACCCUGUUGGAGACCAUGGAGCACGCCGCGGUGCACGGGUGGCCUGCGGACCCGGCAGCGGCGGCCGAAGUCCCUCUCACUGGGCUGGUCUUCAGGGCUGUAAAGGACAGACUUGUUGCGGUGGUGCGACAGCGUCGGUGUCGCCGAAGCGCCACGAGUGCCAAUACCAGCACGUUGAGCCGAACGGGCGCGUCUGCGCUGAAAGAUGCCGGAAAAGGAACCCUGGAAAUGGACCCCUUCGGCGCACUUAUGCUCGCACCCCAGGCACGACUGCCAGCUCUUGCCUCAGUGAGCAUCAGCACCAUCAGUAGACCCCCGCGUUCUCGCUCCGCAGAGCUGCUGGGGGUGGUACAGCGUUGCCUUCUUGAGCAAGGCUUGCGAUAUCACUCUCGCAUCAAUAGUGACCAAGCAGAUGCCGCAACGGUGUAUGGUUCGUCCGGCGUGCUCGGUUUGCGCGAUACCAGCAGUCGCUCCCAUGUACGCGCAGUCGUACGCCGCUCCUCCACCACUGAGCCAAAGUCGCACAUCACCCCCGCCCCGUCCUCUCACCUUCUAUCAGACGAUCAUAACGAGGAGUUUGACGAGGUGGAGAUGCCGUCCCUUAUCGGCUCGUGA